GCGUUGCAAAGCACACUCCUCAAACAACUGGGCAAGGUGCCGAAUAAUAAUGAUGCGUCUGCACCACGAGUCAUGCCCCUGUGUAUAGUUGCAUGGGCUGAUUUACGUCAAGGCGAAAGACCCCACAGCGGCUCACCCCUCCCCUAGGGUUCGUUAGUUUAUGACUUACAUCCAUCAUAAACCCGGACUUACACCAUCUACGUAGCUUGCGUUUCUAGUGAAGUCGUUUAAUUCUCUUUCUUUUCAGUUUUUCUAUACCAAAAAUAUGAAAUGCGGUGAUCGAUGAGAUGGUGUUUCAACUCCCCAAGGCGGUCUACGCAGACGCCGCCGGUGCGCUGUUUUACUCGUUUGUGUGUCUGAUCAGCAAUAUUCUGCUCGUAUGGCUUACUUGGACGCAUCGGGAGAGGACUAGUUAUAUCGCCUGUAUUGCUUAUUUCGCACUCAUUGCCACGUUGUCGAGCGUCAUUCAACAAUUUUACGACUAUGUGCUGUGGAAGGAUAUCCUCACGGAACAGUUCAACGAUUUGCGCGACCAUGCCGAUAGUGCGGAGGUGCAGUACCACAGGGGCGCGACGGGACUCAAAUUGGUUCUGUCUUAUAUCAGGAUAUUUGCCUUCAACAUCGAAUCUACAUUCGUUUUCUUCUUUGCUCUUUCAUUAGCAAUCACCGUAUACGGCUGGUGGUCGCAGAACUCGAAACCCCAGCGCAUAUUUUCCAUUACGGGAAGAGUGGUCCCGCUCGCGCUUACGGCGAUUACUAUCGUUCUACUCGAGUUCCCCUUCGCUCAGAGGUCGUACACGACUUACAUGAUUAUUGCCAAUGCGCAAUUCAUCAUCAGUCUUAUCGGCAGCUCCAUCUUCCUCGUUAUGAUACUCGCCAAGUACAUGGAAUCGCGCCGGCAGUUCAGGACGUGGAACGUCUCGCGCGAACUGGAGAAAUCAUCCGCAACGACAAGCUUCAGCAGUGGCAGAUACAGCCGGAAGUUGUCGAUUCCUGGAACUGGGGGGACGUAUGAUAGUUGGCUUGUGAUUCGUCUUACGGUUGCGCUUUUGAUGCUUUGCACCUUUGAAAUCCUGGCCAUCCUGCCCCGCGUCGCCACCCAACGCAAGCUCGCCCAAAACAUAGCCGACAAUGUCCUUGACCUUAGCGACAAGCGCGCCCUCUCCAGCAUCCGGGGCUACAUCUCAGGCGUGACUCCCAGCAUCGUGGCAUUCAUAGUCUUUGGCACCACUCGGCCGUUCCGCGAAAAGUUACUUGCAACCUUUGUUCCCAAAAGAUGGCGGAAGAAUACAAAUGAAACGUGGCCGCAGAAUCGGGGGGCGCCGACGUAUACCACGCGUAGCUCGAGGCCUAGAACGAUGUCGAGGCCGGCAACGUUGGCGUCUCGCAGCGGAGGGGAUAUUGUUUUGAAAGACAUUCGUCAUUUUGGGGGGAGUGCUUUGGAUGAUGAUCGGAUGUCUAUUUUGAACCCGGCGAAUGGUUCGGGCGUAAGGACGAGGAUAUGGAGUCCUUGA